AUUCAGAGACCAGUUGACAUAGAUAAUAAAACAUCCUUUCAAAUGUUAGAAUCUAAUUCAUCAAAGCAUAGUAAAGUAUUAAGAAGAGUAUUGAUACCAAUUGAUGGAAGUAAUGAAUCGAAGAAAAGUUUAAUUUGGUAUACUGAUAAUAUGAAACGUGAUGGUGACUUACUUAUGUUUGUUCAUGUUAUUGAUCCAGUACUUCCAUCAGCAUUAUCUGCAUUAUCAGCUGAAUGUGAAUUAAUGCCAGCUGGAGCAUCAUUUUAUAUACCUGAAAGUGAAAUGUAUAAAGCUAAAUCUAUGUGUCAACAAUUAGUAUAUGAAGCAAAUAAAUUUCGAAUAAAAUCUGAAGCAUUAAUUCAAGUUGAUACAAAACCUGGUCCAGCUAUAGUGAAAUUGAUAUCAGAGAAGAAGAUUGAUAUUGUUGUUAUGUCUUCAAGAGGUUUAGGAUUUUGGCGACGUAAUUUUAUUGGUAGUGUCAGUUCAUAUAUACUACAUCAUUCAAAUAUUCCUGUAUCAAUUGUACCAUUAUCUGGUAAUCAGUCAUAAUCAAGUGAACACAUUGAUCGAUCUAUGUGUACUUGUGUGUCUGAGUGUUAUCCACUAGUGAUAAUCAAUCAAAUCGCCUCAUGAAUAUUGUUUCAAGUAAUCAUCACGUUUUAACAGCUGUCAGUAUUAUUCUGUACCGCAUUGAAUUUCGUCAUCAUCAUCAUCAUCAUUAUGCGUAUAAACAAUGGCCAAUAAAAAGCUUUUUAUUCCCA